GGGCCGUAGACUAGCUUGCAACGAAUAGCAAUACGAUGUGUGCUCUAUAAACAAGUAGUGUUCAACGGAAAGAGAACGAGAUUGCAUAUAGACAUACAUGGAUUUAUGAGACGAAAGUAGCAGAAUGAACUCCUCCAGCAGUAAUGCCACGACUGCAUCCACCACGAAUACGAGCGGGCUUGCGCCAAUCAAUCAAUUUGAGCUCUGGUCACCGUUCGAGAUUCUACGUGAGACCGCCCCACAUGUGAUAACCAUUGACAGGGUGGUUACCCCUAUUUGGUACAUCAUUGGCUUCAUCGGGAACCCAAUCUCGGCCAAAAUAUGGCUUUCAAGGAAAGUGAGCAGUUCUAAUUCCUCUGCAGUUUAUUUUGGCUCCCUUGCCAUUGUUGAAACUCUGUACCUUAUCUUGCACGUGAUUUACGAACUUCACGUGGCUUGGGGUUACAACACGUACCACAAACGAGUUUCCUGCGAGAUAUUCAACUUUCUCUUUUUGACACCUCAGUACAUGGCACCAAUGCUUGUAUUGGGAUUUACAACCGAGCGAUAUAUCGCCGUCUGCCAUCCGUUUGUCAAAGAGAAAUAUUGUACUGUUACCCGUGCAAAGAUCGUAAUAGGCUGUAUGUCCGCUACUUCGGUCGUGUUGGGACUGGUCCAAGUAUACAUUUGGGCGUUUGAUGACGUUCUCGGGUGCGUCUUUCGUCCUUCCACAAUAGGGUUUCACACUGUAUGGACAUGGAUAACGGAGAUGUUGCUUUUUCUUGUAAUCCCGGUUGCUUGCCUCAUUAUUAACGUGUUAGUAAUCCGAGAAAUAAAGCGCAUUCAGAUACAAAGUGAAGCGCAUGGACAGGGGGCCAAUCCAGCCUCAACAACAACCUUGUUAUGUGUCUCAUUUUAUUUCAUAUUUACACUGCUUCCAGCGACAAUUGUUUACGCCAUACAGACAUCUAUUCUACAAGGGGAUCCAUAUUUAAGGCUUGACAAAUGGGCAAGUGACCCCACGUGGAAGGCAUAUUUCGUUUAUCUAACAAUACGCAAAGUCGUUGAGGAAAUAUGUCUUUCCAAUUACGCGUCAUAUUUUAUUAUUUAUUAUGUCACUGGGGUGUACUUUAGAAGAGCAUUCACUGACUUAUUUAAGUGGGCACAUUUUUCAAAAAGGAGAAAAUCGUUUAAUAGAGCAACGACUUCCGACUACAGCCCGACAUGUAAUGGAAAAGCACUGUGUUCUGAGACAUUCGUGCUCAACGAAAUGGAUGAUCAGUGAAUUCGCGUAAAACAUAACAGAAAGCCGUUAGAAGCAGAACAAUAUAUAUUGUAAACUAGGGUUAUCUUGUUACAUAGAUAAGCAUAGAGACCCAUAGUGCAAGCGUUGUUCAAACAUGUUCAAACAAUACAAUACUACAAUUACUUUUUUUAUUUCUUUAAUUGUUAUUCAUGUUUUAUACUGUAGCUCUAUGGUUUCGAUAUGUUUACACUUAUAAAUUUAAAGCAUGUAAUGACAAACUCUAAAACAUGCCAAAAUAACAAGUCCCUUUAAUAGUGUUUAUCGUUAAACAAGUAAAAUAAAAAAUCGUUGAAGACGAACGCAAGCAACCGAUAUGUCUUUAUAAGUACGAGAAAAGUCUGCCUUAAUCGCUAAGCAUUUUUAUUUAUUAGUGUUAUAACAUUCUAUGGAACUCGAAUUACCUCGUUGUUCAACAGAUGUUUUCGUACAUAUGCUUGCACAAUAUUGUGGAAUAAAUAUCCGUCA